GGACCCCAUUUCCCAGAAUGUCCUGCGGGCGGCAUGACUGGGACGCCGGGGGAAACUCCAUCUCCCAGAGUGCCACGCGGUGGCCGGGCGGGGCUGCCACAACGGACGGAUCCGGGACCGAUCCUCUGGCUUCUCGCUCGCGCCCGGGCGGUGGGCAUCGCCGGACGGCCUCCUGGCGGCGGUGUCAUGGACAGCCCUGAGGUGACCUUCACGCUGGCCUACCUGGUCUUCGCCGUAUGCUUCGUGUUCACGCCGAACGAGUUCCACUCGGCCGGGCUUACGGUGCAGAACCUGCUGUCUAGCUGGCUGGGCAGCGAGGACGCCGCCUUUGUGUCCUUCCAUCUGCGCCGCACGGCUGCCACUCUGGUGUGCCACUCGCUGCUGCCGCUGGGCUACUACGUGGGCAUGUGCUUCGCAGCCUCAGAAAAGCAGCUCUACUCCCCCAGCCAGGCCCCGGAGGCCUGGCGGCUCUUCCUCCUGCUGGCUGUGACUCUCCCUUCCCUCGCCUGCACCCUCAUCUACUACUGGUCCCAAGACCAGUGGGCCCGCCACCCGCUGGCCCGCACGCUGGCGCUCUAUGCCCUCCCGCAGUCAGGCUGGCAGGCUGUUGCCUCCUCUGUCAACACUGAGUUUCGGCGGAUUGACAAGUUUGCCACCGGGGCGCCAGGUGCCCGUGUGAUUGUGACAGACACGUGGGUGAUGAAGGUGACCACAUACCGUGUGCACGUGGCCCAGCAGCAGGAUGUGCACCUGACUGUAACAGAGUCGAGGCAGCAUGAGCUCUCGCCAGACUCCAACCUGCCCGUGCAGCUCCUCACCAUCCACGUGGCCAGUGCCAGCCCUGGUGUGCAGGCUUUUGACAUCCGGCUGAACUCCGCGGAGUACGGGGAACUGUGUGAGAAACUCCAGGCACCCAUCCGCAGCGCAGCCAACGUGGUCAUCCACCAGAGCCUGGGUGACCUGUUCCUGGAGACGUUCGCUUCCUUGGUAGAGGUCAACCCAGCCUACUCGGUGCCCAGCAGCCAGGAGCUGGAGGCAUGCAUUGGUUGCAUGCAGACACGCGCCAGUGUGAAGCUGGUGAAGACCUGCCAGGAGGCAGCCGCAGGCGAGUGCCAGCAGUGCUACUGCCGCCCCAUGUGGUGCCUCACCUGCAUGGGCAAGUGGUUCGCUAGCCGCCAGGACCCCCAGCGCCCCGACACCUGGCUGGCCAGUCGAGUGCCCUGCCCCACCUGCCGUGCACGCUUCUGCAUCCUGGACGUGUGUACCGUGCGUUGAGCACCCAGGUGGGGCCAUGGGGUCCUGGCCUGGCUCUGCACCCCACCAGCCAUGGUGGGUAUGGCAGGAGGGAGGAGUAGCCAGGCCAGGCCUCCACUUGCAAAGGGCUCUAUUCAAAGCACAUGAUCUACAGCAACUGCCUGAGUGCAGAAGGCUGAGGACUUUUGUUUAAAAGAAAUUCUCAUGCAAACACUUCCCCCAGUGACAGUGGGAUGGGUCUUCACACCUCUUCGCCUCCUUCCACCUUCCUCCAGGUAGGGGCAGGUACUGGACACAGAGAACACAGCAUUGGGCCAUCCCCAGAGCUGUCCUCUGGGAGACCUUGGGGUCUGCUCCAGAUAGUCCUCACCUGGGCCACUUGCCUUAAUUUUCUGCAGCACCCCUGCCCCUCUGUUAUGUGCCAGACUCAGAUUUGCCCAGGUGGCUGUGGUCUAUUCUCCCACUAAUGUCCUGGAGCCGGCCACUGGCCCUGUGGUGUAGGGCCCCCCUCCCCAGCCACAGGGGCUGCUUGGAAGACCAUGGGCAGAGCCAGAUGGUGGAGGUGGAGAACAGAGGUGCUACUCCAGUGUGGGAGCACUCCUGGUGGUGCUUCCUGGUGGCCGUGGCCAGCCAAGGGGCCCCUCCUGGUGGGGUGGUGAUGGGAGGGCAGGCCAAGGCAGCCCCACUCAUUAAUGGGACCACAUACCCCUGGAGGGACAUUUGCUCUGUCCUUGGUGCUUUCUGCUGCCCCCACAAGUCUAGGGAAGGCUGAGGUCUCAGACUCCUGGCCAGGGCAGGGGUUGAGCUGAGGAACAGAGCCACCACAGCAACACCCAGAAAGCAGUCCUACCAGGGGUACGCACAGGGCUGGCCACUGCCCCAGGCUGCCUGGUGCAGAAGGGGAUGCCCUCCGCGGUCAAAGCUCUGACUGGCAUCUCGUCCAAUUCCUGAGCGUUCAGGUGGAGGGAGGGUCGGGGAAGAUGCUGGCCAGGCUCUAGGGUGCAGCUCUGACACAGGUGGAGGAGGGCCCUGAGACCUGUGGCCCUAAAAACCCUAAACUUGGCUGUUUCAAGGAGGGGUGAUGGCCUCAGCUGGCAUGACUUACCCAAGGCUGCACCUGACUCCAGGGAUUUGGGAGCAGAGAAAGCUCAGCUUUGUGGGACUCUUUGGAGCACUCGGGGGCAGUGGCCAGGAGUCAGAUUCAGCCUCAGUCCAGAGUUUCAAGGGCUAGGAGAGGCCAGUGGUUUGGGGUUAUUUUUACUACAAAAGAAGUUACCUAAUUUUAUAAAGACAAAUCUAUUAUAGUUAAAUAAUGCAGUAUUUAAUAAAAUGUUAGUUUG